CAUUUAGUUCUUAGCUGUUUUUGUAGCCAGCACGUUGCUAGCGCGCGCAUUUUUACAUACACACACACACACAUGCACAAGCAACCAACCGUAUUAACAAGCCAAAUAUUGUUUUGCGAUGGGCAACCACAAAGUGUUGAAAACCGCUGGCAUUAAUCUUAGGUAUUCCAUGUAUGAUUUUAUUGAUGCUGUGAAAAAACAUCACAUCAUUUGGGAUCGAGAGCAUGAAAAUUUUCACAAUCGCGAACUGCGCGAUCAGGCCUGGCAGCAAAUUGGCCAACAGCUGUGCAAGAAUUUUGAAGUGGCCAGCGGCGCGGAAAAGCAAGAAAUUGCAAAAACGCUGCUAAAACGCUGGAAAAACACGCGCGAUAGCUACUUACGCGUGAAUCGACUGCGUCAGAGCGGUGAAGAGGUCUGCCGCGCCUCCUACAUCUACGAAAAGGAGCUGAGCUUUCUGUUAGAUGUCAAAACGGAGGACGAGGAGGCGCUAAAGGAGGACCAAAAAAAACGCAAGCAAUUUCGCAUUCUAAGAACGCCAAAUAAGCGGCGGCGUGCAUCAGAGAACCCUGGCACAACGCAGGAUAAUGAGGCGACAUUAGCUGUCGAUGGCCUGCACUCGGUGCUGGAUACUUUAAAUUACACAACAGAUACAUCAACGCCUGCAGCUAAAAGCGAAACAAGCAGCUCCUACGCUAUAGAACACAACUGCGCAAAUAGCUCAGCUGCACAUCCUGUAGCCGCAGUAGCUGUUGAUCCUGAUCCCGAUCAGGCAUUUUUUGAUAGCAUUAAGCCUCAUAUGCAGCGCAUGAGCAGCGAUCAAAAACUGGAGUUUCAAAUCGAAGUGCUAAAAAUUCUUCGCCACUUUAAGCCAAAUUGAAAGAUCACAAUUUGAUAUAAAGUUA